AUGGCUGCCCAGCUCAAGGUCUCCCGAAGAAAGACCAACGAGACACCAUUGCCCUACACUGCCUCUCCUCCCUAUCUUUUAUGGAGUGAUAUCCGUCUGGUGCUACGAUAUGCUUGGGCCUUGCCGAUGAUUUUUCUGCCUCUUCAUUUGCGUCGAACAAGCUCACUAGAUGAGUUACAACUGUCAUUCCAGAGCAUAGUGUCGGUGCUCGUGCACUUGUUUCUCGUGGUCUUUCAGCUCAUCUUUCUACUUUCACUACCUCUUCUGGCGAUCUUCCCGGUGCCUGUACCCUGGGCUAUUGUUUAUAUUGCGGCGUGUGUUGCAUUCAAUUAUGCUAUCUGCAUGACCAUGUUGAAUGGCUUCGAGCGCGUUCUACAAUCCCAGGCGCCAGUAGCCGAACAGCCUUGGCAACGGAAAGAGCGUUGGUUCUAUAUUAACGGUAUUGCUUGUGGUCGCUACUGGGUGCAAAACAAUAUCGAUCAACUGUCCUACAGCUUCGGCCGGAGAAUCACCGGUGUACAUAAUCGCACUGCCGGUAUCAUAUUUGAUCUCAUUGAAUGCUUGAUCCAGCGUGGGUUCGCCUAUGCUACAGACGAUGUUCGACGAGCCUAUGUUCUACUUAAAGAAGCGUUGCUCGAUUCGUCCGUCGAGAAAGUCGUGCUUGUACUUCACAGUCAAGGGGGGAUUGAAGGUGGUCUGGUCAUCGACUGGCUACUCGACGAAUUGCCGCAAGACCUUCUUCACCAGCUCGAAGUCUAUACCUUUGCAAAUGCGGCCAAUCACUUCAACAACCCAGUCGAUUCUUGUCAAGCGCCUGCACAUGACUCUUUUCGCGAAAGGAUGCAGCCCAAACGGCGCUCUAUCAAAUACAUUGAGCACUACGCCAAUGCAGAUGAUCCUGUCUCAUGGCUUGGUGUGCUUCAAUUUGCCAAUAUUCCGAACCGAUACCUCGGGCGUCUGUUCGUUCGCCCGGGCUCGGGUCAUUUGAUGAACCAACACUACCUGGACAACAUGUUCACUCUGGGCCCUGACAAGAAGGUACUGGAGUCCAACGCCUUCAUGGACAUGAAGGUGGAAACAUCCUCCGACCGCGAUGCUCUCCCGGGAAGGGAGUCAUUGAAGCCCGCCGGCGAACUUGAUGAGCCUGACGAGGAAACGCUUUCCCCAUUGGCACAAUCCGCCCCAGUGUUUCAAAAUGGUACGCCACUCUCUGGACAAGACUACACGAAACUUCAAGUCAAGGAUUUCAGUAGGCUGUGGCAAUACAGAAAUGGGGGCUCUCCUGACUGA